CUCACGCCCAUAAUUCAUUACUGAAGCUCUGAAUCAACCCAUCUCCCAGACUUCAUCAUGACUUCAAUAGGUACGGGUUAUGAUCUUUCGAACUCGGUCUUCUCUCCCGACGGACGAAAUUUCCAAGUCGAAUAUGCAGUCAAGGCAGUAGAGAAUGGUGGUACCUCGAUCGGAAUCCGGUGUAAGGAUGGUGUUGUGCUUGCAGUAGAGAAGGUCAUCACCAGCAAGCUGUUAAAGCCUGGAGCCAACAAGCGUAUUGCUACGAUCGACAGACAUAUGGGUGCAGUUUCAUCAGGUCUCGUACCAGAUGGCAGACAUUUUGUGUCCCGAGCACGCGACGAAGCAUCAAGCUGGCGAAAGGUCUACAAAACCCCAAUCACAACCGCAGAUCUGGCAAGCCGUAUGGGUGGAUACAUGCAAGCAUACACUCUCUAUUCAUCCGUUCGACCUUUCGGUGUCACCGCCAUUGUCGGAGGCUGGGACUCAGAGCUCGAGCUGCCAGUUGAUGGCCAGGUUGGCAAGGGACCUUCCAUAGGUUCAGGUGGCAAGGUUGAGGGCAAGAAAUACGGUGGACCGGGCCUUUACAUGAUCGAGCCAAGCGGAAUUUACUGGGGUUAUUACGGCGCUGCUACCGGCAAGGGACGACAAACGGCCAAGGCUGAGCUGGAGAAGUUGAACUUGUCAGAAGGAAACUUGAGUCUGCUGGAUGGUGUCAAGGAGGCUGCAAAGAUCAUCUAUGCUGCUCAUGCAGACAACAAGGACAAGGAUUUCGAGCUGGAGAUGACAUGGAUCAGCAACCUUGAUGGUCCUACAAAGGGAAGACACGAGGAGGUGCCAAAGGACUUGUUGGAGGAGGCUGAGAGAUUAGCCAAGAAGGCAUUAGAAGGAGAUGAUGAUGACGAGGAAACGACCGAUAAGCCUGCAGAGGAGGAUAAGAUGGAGGAGUAGACAAGUCCGUAAAAUACACCUGUAUCAACAUCAGCUUAGUUGCAUGCAUUUGGGG